CGAUGAGAGAUAUGACCAAUGCUGAUGGUCUAAAAUCCAGUGAGACAGAAAUCACCGUUGCGAAGAAUGAAAAAAUGGCGAAACAACAAUAUGACAGUAGCAACACUUAUCAACAUAAAAAAGGCAAAGGAAAAGUAAUAGACUCGCCAAAUUCACCUGGAGGCUUGCAAAUUCCAAGAAAACAAUGGUGA